AUGCCGUCGCGGGACGCGGCGGCGAGGCACGGGCGCCGGCGUGGCGCGUCGGCAGGCCCACACCACGAGCGGAUGCGCGACGAGCGCGCUCGGGAAGCGGCCGCGGGCGACGCGGAGCUUCCGCCGGAGGACGACGCGGUCGAGAUGGCGAGCGCCGCCCACCUGCUGGACAGCGUGGCGGAGGUGGGCCCGAACUACACCCUGCUGCGCAGCAGGGAGACGAAGGCGAAGCGGCGGAAGCGAAAGCGCGAGGAUGCCAGGGCGGCGCUCACCGGCCACACUGUCCUGCCCACCGGAUCGCGCCUCGAGAUCUUCUGCGAAGCGAGCGGUGGUACCCCGCGACCGUCAUGGCGCGGGAGGAGGACGGGGACGGACGCGGAUCGCGGUGCACCCGAGGGGUCGAGUACGACGGCUACUCGGAUCGGCGGUGGUGGCACAUGCUGGACGACGAGCGGUGGCGCGUAA